AGUCGCUCAGGCUACUCCCCGCCCCGCCCGGUCAUUGUCCCUGUGGGUCUCCUUUUCUUUUUCGUCUUAAGAGCUCUGAGAGCAGCUCCCUUCUCCUGGUGCCCCGUGUGGGUCUGACAAGCAGGAUGGAGGGCUGCAUGGGGGAGGAAUCUUUUCAGAUGUGGGAGCUCAACAGGCGCCUGGAGGCCUACCUGGCCCGGGUCAAGGCGCUAGAGGAGCAGAAUGAGCUGCUCAGCGCGGAGCUCAGGGGGCACCGGGCACAGUCUGGGGACACCUCCUGGCGGGCCCGUGCGGACGACGAGCUGGCCGCCCUGCGGGCCCUCGUUGACCAGCGCUGGCGGGAGAAACACGCGGCCGAGGUGGCGCGCGACAACCUGGCUGAAGAGCUGGAGGGCGUGGCGGGCAGAUGCCAGCAGCUGCGGCUGGCCCGGGAGCGGACGGCAGAAGAAGCAGCCCGCAACCGGCGAGCCGUCGAGGCCGAGAAGUGCGCCCAGGCCUGGCUGAGCACCCAGGCAGCGGAGCUGGAGCGCGAGCUGGAGGCUCUGCGCGCGGCGCACGAGGAGGAGCGCGCGGGCCUGAACGCACAGGCUGCCUGCGCCCCCCGCUGCCCCGCGCCGCCCCGCGGGCCCCCCGCGCCGGCCCCCGAGGUGGAGGAGCUGGCAAGGCGGCUGGGCGAGGCGUGGCGAGGGGCAGUGCGCGGCUACCAGGAGCGCGUGGCACACAUGGAGAUGUCGCUGGGCCAGGCCCGUGAGCGGCUGGGCCGUGCGGUGCAGGGCGCCCGUGAGGGCCGCCUGGAGCUGCAGCAGCUCCAGGCAGAGCGGGGCGGCCUCCAGGAGCGCAGGGCGGCGUUGGAACAGAGGUUGGAGGGCCGCUGGCAGGAGCGGCUGCAGGCCACUGAAAAGUUCCAGCUGGCCGUGGAGGCCUUGGAGCAGGAGAAACAGGGCCUGCAGAGCCAGAUCGCCCAGGUUCUGGAAGGUCGGCAGCAGCUGGCACACCUCAAGAUGUCCCUCAGCCUGGAGGUGGCCACAUACAGGACUCUCCUGGAGGCUGAGAACUCCCGGCUGCAGACACCUGGCAGUGUUUCCAAGGCUUCCCUCAGCUUCCAGGACCCCAAGCUGGAGCUGCAAUUCCCUGGGACCCCAGAGGGCCGGCGUCUUGGACCUUUGCUCCCUAUCCUGAGCCCAACUUCCCUCCCCUCACCCUUGCCUGCUACCCUUGAGACACCUGUGCCAGCCUUUCUGAAGAGCCAGGAAUUCCUCCAGGCCCGUACCCCUACAUUGGCCAGCACCCCCAUUCCCCCCACACCACAGGCACCCUGUCCUGCUACAGAUGCAGAGAUCAGAGCCCAGAAUGCUCCUCUCUCCCUGCUCCAGCCACAGGGUGGGAGGCAACAGGCUCCAGAGCCCCUGUGGGCUGAAGCCAAGGUGGCCAUUCCUGCCAGUGUCCUGCCAGGACCCGAGGAGCCUGGGGGCAAGCAACAAGAGGCCAGUACAGGCCAGUCCCCAAAGGAUCAGGCCUCCUUGGCUCCAGCCCUCAGCCCUGACAACUCCAGUUUAGAGGCUAAAGAUGGAGAAUCCAGAGGGUCUAGAGUAUGCAGCAUGUUCCAGGAGGAAGGUGAAGGGCAAAUCUUGGGGCUGGUAGAGAAAGAAACAGCCAUAGAGAGCAAAGUGGUAAACAGCUUGCAGCAGGAAAUAUGGCAAGAAGAAGGAGAUCUGGACAUGAAGGAAACCCAAGACUCUCAGGUUCCUUUGGAAAAAGAAACCCCAAAGUCACUGGCAGAGGAGAUUCAAGAGCCACUGAUGUCUCUGGAAAACCAGAGCCAAGAGACACUAGAGAAGGAGAAUCAAGAAUCUCUGAGGUCUUUAGAAGAAAACUUAGAAACACUGAAAAGUCUAGAAAAGGAAAAUCAGGAGCUAAUGAAGUCUUUAGAAGAAAAGGAUGUGGAGGUAGUGAGACCUCUAGAAAAGGAGGCUCUAGAACUACUUAAGCCUAUAGGAAAAGAGGACAUACAGACACUCAAAUCCCCAGAAAAGGAGAAACAAGAACUAAUAACAUCUCUUGAAGGUAAUAUAGAGACAUUUUUAUCUCCAGAAAAAGAAAAUCAAGAAUUAGUAAGUUCUCCAGAAGAGAACUUACAGUCAUUGACAGCUCUAGAAAAGGAGAAUCAAGAGCGACUGAGAUCUCAAGAAGCAGAGGACCAGGAGACAUUGAGACCUCUGAUGAAAGAGAAUCAAGAAUCCCUGAGGUCUCUUGAAGAUGAGAACCAAGAGACCUUCAGACCUCUAGAAAAAGAGAACAAGGAGCCACUGAGUUCUCUAGGAGAAGAGGACCAGAAGAUAGUGAGACCUCUAGAAAAAGAAAAUCAGGAGUCACUGAGGUCUCUAGAAGGAGAGGACCAAGAGACAUUGAGACCUCUUGAAAAAGAAACUCAACAGUCACUGAAAUCUCUAGGGGAAGAAGACCAGAUGACAUUAAGACCUCCAGAAAAAGUGGAUCCAGAGCCUCUGGAGUCUCUUGGAAAAGACCAGGAGAUAACUAGACCUCUUGAAAAAGAGAAUCAAGAGUUCUUAAAGUCACUAAAAGAAGAGAAUGUAGAGGCAGUGAGAUCUUUAGAAACAGAGAACCUAGAAUCACAGAAGUCUGCAGAAGAGAACCUGGAAACAUUGAAAUCUCUAGAAACUCAAGAGCCACUGUGGUCUCUAGAAGAAAUGAACCAGGAGACAAUGAAACCUGUAGAAAAUGAUACUCAAGAACCACUGGGGCCUGUGGAAGAGAACCAAGAGACAAUGAGACUCCUAGAAAAGGAGAAUCAAGAACUUCUGAGAUCUCUUGGAGCAUGGGACCUAGAGAAUUUGAGAUCUCCAGAAGAGGUAGACAAGGAAAGUCAAAGGAAUCUGGAAGAGGAAGAGAACCUGGGGAAGGGAGAGAAUCAAGAGUCACUGAGGUCUCUGGAAGAGGAGGGACAGGAGCUGCCACAGUCUGCAAAUCAGCAGAGGUGGGAAGAUAUGGUCUCGAGAGACCAAGAACUGGGUCAGGAAAGUCACCCUGGGAGGGCCGGAGUGGAAAAUGAGGAUGAGGCAGAGCUAGACCUGAGGGCGCAGGAUGGCUUCACUGGGAAGGAGGAGGCAGCAGAGCAGAGAGAGCUACAGCUGAAUGCCACAGGGGAAGCCUGGAGCCCAGGCGAGGAGCACCCAGGGAGCCCUGAGCCCAAAGAGCAGAGGGGCCCAGCUGCAGGAGCCAGUGGGAAGGGAGGUGUUGAGGGCCUGCAGGACCCUGAAGGGCAACCAGAGCAAGGGGGGGGCCCAGGCCUCCAAGCAUCCCAGGGAAUACCAGAGGUGACAGAACCCCUGUUGGAAGAUGAGGAUGCGGUCCCAGGAGGUGAGCAAGCCUCCCCAGAGGUUACCUUGGGGUCAGAGCCAGCCAUGGGUAAGUCUGCUGUGGGAGCUGAGCAGGGACUGGAGCAGGAAGUGCUAGGGCUGGAGGACCCAGGCCACCUGGCCGGGAAGGAGGUGAUGGAGUCACCCCCGGGAGAGGAAAGUUUGGAGGUAAAGAGGGUUCAGGGCUUGGAAGGGCCUGGAAAGCAUGUAGAGGAGGCAGAUGCUCCGGCAGCAGAGGCAGAGCUCUCCCAACUGCCCAGGAAGAGCAGAGACCCCCCGGAACCUCCCCAGGGCUGGGAAGAGUCACAGCUUGAGGCCCCCUGGGGAGCAGAGGAGGUGUUCCCUGCUGAGAUCUCAGGCCACGAUGGAAGUGAUGCCCCUCAGCCUAGGCCCUUGGGGUCAGAGGAAGCAAAGGAGGACAUACAACCAGUGCUGGGUCCCGCUAGCCCUAGGGCCACUGAACCCUGCUCACCCACCCCAAUCCUGGAAGAUGCUCCUAGGCCACAGCCCCAGGCUGAGAGGAGCCAGGAGGCUAGCUGGGGGCUGGAGGGCAGGGCUGAGGUCCUGGGAGAAGUGGAGGGUGAGCAGGAGGAGUUAGGCUCUGGGGAGAUCUCUGAGGGGCUCCAGGAGGAGGAGGAGGAGAGCAAAGAAGAGAGCGAGGCUGAUGAGCUUGGGGAAACCCUUCCCGACUCCACUCCCCUGGGCCUCUACCUGAGGUCCCCAACUUCCUCCCAGUGGGACCCGGCUGGUGAGCAGAGGCCCUCCCCUCAAGGGGAGACCAGAGAGGAAGGCUGGGAUCCUGUUGUCCUGGCUUCUGGGGGCCUUGGGGCCCAACCCUCAGAAGAGGAAGGAGAGGAAGAUGGGGAGGAGGAGUGUGGCCAUGAUUCUGACCUGUCGGAGGAAUUCGAGGACCUGGGGGCUGAGGCUUCUCUUCUUCCUGGUGUCCCCAGGGAGGUGGCAGAACCUCUGGGCCAGGUGCCCCAGCUGGUACUGGAGCCUGCAGCCUGGGAUCGGGAUGGGGAGUCUGAUGGGUUUGCGGAUGAGGAAGAGAGUGGGGAGGAGGCAGAGGAAGAAGAGGAAGAGGAGGGGAGGGAGCCAGGGGCUGGGCGGUGGGGGCCAGGGUCCUCUGUUGGCAGCUUCCAGGCCCUAAGUAGCUCUCAGAGAGGGGACCUCCAGGAGUCUGAGACCCUGGGUGUCAGUGCCCCCUGGGAUGAUGGCUUGAGGGCUGUGGUGGCCGGUGCCUCUGUGGCUACCCUGGGGACUGAGACCCAGGACAGCGCUGAGCCUUCUGGCUCAGAGGAAGAGUCUGACCCUGUUCCCUUGGAGACGGAGGACCAAGACCCUGGCCUUCUGGAGACCCCCAGUGGGGUAGAGGACAUGGGCCCAGGGACAGGGGACAUCUGUGGUGUCGAUGGCCAGGGCCCCAACUUGGAGGAGUCAGAACACAUGAAUGGGGGGGUGGUGAACGGGCUGGAGCAGUCUGAGGGAGUAGAGCAGGGGAAACUGGGGGCUCCUGAGAGGGACCGAGGGAGCCCCGUACAGGAGGAGGAGGGGGGUGUCCUGAAGACCCCUUGGGCAGGGGCUCCUCUUCAGCUGGGCCCAGGCCAGUUCCUGAAGUUCACUCAGAGGGAAGGAGAUCAAGAUUCCUGGUCCUCAGGGGAAGACUAGAGAAGAGGGCCACCUCCCGCAGCCCCUCCCUGCUCAGGGCAGCACCCUUAACUUAUGAUCUCUUGACCCAUGGUUUCUUCCGAGAGGCUUGACCGGCUAAGGUGACAUGGGGUGUGGCAAAGGAGCCAGUUCCCAGAUUGGAGGCCCUAGGAAUAAAAACCUCACCUGCACCAUCUCAUAGGCUUAAGUCAGCUGAGUUGCUAUAGCAUUGGGCCCCUUUCUUCUGCAUAAGCUGGGAGAGGCCUGCGGCCCUGUGGCUCCCCCUCCGAAGGGAGGGGGCUGUGGUGGUCCUUGUGCCCUGGCUCACCAGCCCUGCUCCGUCUCACCCUAGUAGCACCACCCUCACGGGAUGUCUGGCCCGGGGCUAAUGCAGGUGAGGGUGCUCCUACGUCCUGACCCCCCCAUCCCUGCCAUGCUGUGGCCUUGCCUGGCUCACCCCUGCCUGAAUAAAGUAAUGCCUCUGCCUACAAA